AUGAACUCAUCCUUUUAUCACAUCCACCCUAAACUCGACGACCUCCUCGACGACAAAGCACCAUACCCCUACACACUAAGCGCGUUAAUCGCCUUCCUAUCAAAAACGCACUGUCUAGAGAUCCUCGAGUUCGUUCUCGAGGCCCGGCGGUACAGGAAUAGUUUCCAGCGCAUGGGGGAUCAUAGUUCCCGUCGGACAUUGCAUUUGCAAUGGCAGCGCAUACUGCAGAUGUAUAUCAUCCCUGGGGCGCAGCGUGAGAUCAACAUCUCGGAUGGUAUACGGGAUGAUCUAGUCGCCACCGAGUCGAAGCCAAAAAAGCAGGAGGAUUAUCCUCCGGACCCCACGCUUCUUGAUUCGGCAUUGCAGGAGAUGUACGAUCUACUACACGAUUCAAUACUAUUACCGUUCUUGCGCAGCUGCGUCAACCAGGAACGAGAACAGCCCCGACCGCUCUCCACAUCCUGCCUCCAUCACGAUACAUGGUCAAUCGACCAAAAAGAAUACGCGCAUUCAGACAUCUUCCCAUUCACCGGCGGCAACACUUCGUCCUCCACGAAAUCCCGCCCUCAAUCCCCCCGCCCCUCCGACAUAGACACAGGCGACAGAAGCCACGCCUCAAGCAUCGUCUUCACCGACGACAAUACUCAUAACCAGAACCACAGCCGCUCGACCUUUCCAUUCGGACUAUCCAGCUACUCCAGCAAGCCCGGAAGUGUGAGUUCUGGCGCUGUUCAAUCUACGUUCGAUACCAGCGGGAGUAAGGAGCUUGAUUUGACGAGGGCAAAGUCAAGUCCUAGUAGGAGGUCUGAAGGGGAUAGGCAUCAUCAGGAGCAGAAGAGGAGGUGGCGGUUGCAUCUUAAGGGCGGGAUUUUUAGGCAUUUGAGGAGUUCGUCGAGGUAG